AUGUACAGAAGACUAGCAUCCGGAUUAUAUCAGACUUCCCAGCGAAAAAUCGCUCAAGCUCAAGCGAAAUCAGUUUUUGUGCCAGAAACUAUCGUAACGACAUUACCUAGCGGAUUCAGAGUGGCAACAGAGAAUACUGGCGGAAGCACAGCAACGAUCGGAGUAUUUAUUGAUGCUGGAAGUCGUUACGAGAAUGCGAAGAACAAUGGAACCGCCCAUUUUUUGGAGCAUAUGUCUUUCAAAGGAACACCUCGUCGAACAAGAAUGGGAUUAGAACUCGAAGUUGAGAACAUUGGAGCCCAUUUGAAUGCUUACACAUCCAGAGAAAGCACGACGUAUUAUGCCAAAUGUUUCACUGAGAAACUCGAUCAGUCAGUGGAUAUUCUCUCGGAUAUUCUUCUCAAUAGUAAUUACACAAAGAAGGAUGUCGAUGCAGAAAGAAGUGUUAUCAUUCGUGAAAUGGACGAAGUUGCUCAGAAUUUCCAAGAAGUUGUAUUCGAUAACCUUCACAUGUUUGUCUUCGAGGGAAAUCCACUUUCAUACACAAUUCUUGGACCGAUUGAGCUCGUUCAAACCAUCGAUCGAAAUGAUCUCCGAUCUUAUGUUGAUUCUUAUUAUCGAAGCGGAAGAAUGGUUUUGGCAGCUGCUGGAGGUGUCAACCAUGAUGAAGUUGUCAAAAUGGCAGAGAAAUAUUUCGGCGGAUUGAAACAUGGAGACUCGUCGGCAGAUUUUAUUCCAGCUAUCUAUAAACCGUGUGAUGUUCGCGGAGAAAUCAGAGGUCUGCCACAGCUUUUCGGUGCAAUCGUUGUAGAAGGUGUUUCGUGGACUCAUGAGGAUAAUUUGGCUCUGAUGGUUGCUAAUACCUUAAUGGGAGAAUACGAUCGAAUGCGUGGAUUUGGAGUGAACACACCUACAAAAUUAGCUCAAAAAUUGUCGACAGACGAGGGAAUUGAAUGUUUCCAGUCAUUCAAUACAUGCUACAAAGAGACGGGUCUCGUUGGAACAUAUUUCGUCGCUGCUCCUAAAUCAGUCGAUAAUCUCAUUAACUCAGUUUUAGAGCAGUGGGUAUGGUUGGCUAGUGCAAUUGACGAAGCAGCAGUUCGGCGAGCAAAGAGAUCUCUCCUCACAAAUCUCAUCUUGAUGCUUGAUGGUUCUACUCCAGUUUGUGAAGAUAUCGGACGUCAACUUCUCUGCUACGGCCGCCGGAUACCUACACCAGAAUUGACUGCUCGUAUUGAAUCGAUUACAAUUGAACAGCUACGUGAAGUUUGUCAACGUGUAUUCCUUGAAGGAAAAAUCUCAUCUGCGGUUGUUGGAGAGACAAAAUAUUGGCCAAGUAGAGAAGAAAUUCAUGGAAGACUUAUCAGAAUGACUAGAUAG